AUGGUCAGCUCCUGUUGUGGCUCAUCUUGUUCUGAGCAGGGCUGCUGCCAGCCCAGCUGCCUGCAGUACACCUGCUGCAGGACCACUUGCUGCCGCCCCAGCUGCUGUGAGUCCAGCUGCUGCAGGCCCUGCUGCCAGCCUUGCUGCCGCCCUACUUGCUGCAUCUCAAGCUGCUGCAGGCCUUGUUGCCAGCCCAGCUGCUGCCGCCCCAGCUGCUGCAUUUCUAGCUGCUGCCGCCCCAGCUGCUGUCCCAGCUGCUGCCGCCCCAGCUGCUGCAUUUCUAGCUGCUGCCGCCCCAGUUGCUGUGUGUCCAGCUGCUGCAGGCCCUGCUGCCAGCCCUGCUGUCGCCCCAGCUGCUGCAGUGGUUCUUGCUGCUGA